AUGGCACAGACCAACAGCGGUGGGCAGGGGACCAACGAGGUAGCGGAUGAAUCCCCCAACAUGAUAGUGUACAGAAAGAUGGAGGAAGUAAUAGCACGCAUGCAGGAUGAGAAAAAUGGCAUCCCCAUCCGAACAGUGAAAAGUUUUCUAACCAAGAUCCCAAGUGUUUUUUCAGGUUCUGAUAUUGUACAGUGGAUGAUCAAGAAUCUGGACAUCGAAGAUCAAGUGGAGGCUCUUCACCUAGGAACUCUGAUGGCGGCACAUGGUUACUUCUUCCCCAUCUCAGACCACGUCCUCACUCUCAAAGAUGAUGGCACUUUCUAUAGGUUUCAGACUCCAUACUUUUGGCCAUCAAACUGCUGGGAACCAGAAAACACAGACUAUGCUGUUUACCUCUGCAAAAGAACAAUGCAAAAUAAAGCACGUCUGGAGCUUGCAGACUAUGAAGCGGAGAGCUUAGCAAGGCUACAGAGAGCUUUCGCCAGGAAAUGGGAGUUCAUUUUUAUGCAAGCAGAAGCACAAGCGAAAGUGGACAAGAAAAGAGACAAAAUUGAGAGGAAAAUUCUCGACAGUCAGGAAAGAGCAUUCUGGGACGUGCACAGACCCGUGCCUGGAUGUGUGAACACAACAGAAGUCGACAUAAAGAAGUCCUCCAGAAUGAAAAACCCCCACAAAACCAGAAAGUCUGUGUACGGGCUGCAGAACGACAUCCGUACCCACAGCCCAACCCACACCCCCGCUCCAGAGGCCAAGCAGCCUACAGAAGAAGAACUGCAGGAACAGAUCACCUUUUGGCAAUUGCAAUUAGACAGGCAUCGACUGAAAAUGUCCAAAGUGGCGGAGAGUUUGCUGGGCUACACAGAGCAGUACGUUGAAUACGACCCUUUCCUCACACCUCCAGAUCCAUCCAACCCCUGGAUCUCAGAUGACACCACACUCUGGGAGCUCGAAGCCAGUAAGGAGCCUGGCCAGCAGAGGGUAAAGAGGUGGGCUUUUGGCAUCGAUGAGGUCCUCAAAGAUCCUGUGGGGAGAGAGCAGUUCCUCAAGUUCCUGGAGUCUGAGUUCAGUUCAGAGAAUCUCAGGUUCUGGCUAGCGGUCCAGGAACUAAAGAAACGUCCCAUCAGAGAAGUUCCAACUCGGGUUCAAGAGAUCUGGCAGGAGUUUCUGGCCCCCGGAGCACCCAGUGCGAUCAACGUGGACUCCAAGAGCUACGACAAAACCACCCAGAAUGUCAAAGAUCCCGGACGCUAUGCCUUUGAGGAUGCACAGGAACACAUCUACAAGUUGAUGAAGAGUGAUUCUUACAGCCGUUUCAUCCGUUCCAGUGCCUACCAGGAGUUAUUACAGGCCAAGAAGAAGAAAAGUAAGAACUUGUUCUGA